AUGGGUGAUAAAAUUAUCUUGCACUGGCUUAAUCAAUCUCGGUCUCAGAGAAUCUUGUGGUUGCUUGAGGAAUUGAACCUCGAUUAUGAACUUAAAACCUACAAGAGGACCAAAGAUUUUCGGGCACCUGCUGAAUUGGAAAAGGUCCAUCCAUUGGGUAAAUCUCCUGUCAUUGAGGUGAUCCGUGAUGGUAAGUCACUGGUGAUUGCUGAAACUGGACACAUUAUUGAUUAUUUGAUUAAAAACUACGAUACGUCCAAGAAACUCGUUCCUGCUACAGAAGAAGACAAGGAACAGGUUGACUAUUUCUUGCACUAUUGUGAAGGUACUUUGCAACCACUUUUGGUAUCGUUGUUGGUCAAUGGUUAUGCAGUUCAGAUGGCACCAUUUCCUGUCAAAUUUCUUGUUCGUAUGAUCACCAACGAACUAAACAAGGCUUACUACAAGACUGAGCUCAUGAAGAAUCUCAAAUACUUGGACAACUACUUGGCGAAGAGAAAGACAAAGUUCUUUGUGGGAGACAAGUUGAGUGGUGCUGAUAUCAUUCUUGAGUUUCCUCUUAUUGAAAACUUGACAGAUAACAAAAGAAUCAAGGAAUUUGCUGGUGAUGAUUUUGACUUGAGAAAGCUUUUUCCUAACAUCUGUGAGUGGUCCGACCGGAUUCUCAAGGAACCAAAGCUUAUCAAGGCGAAUGAAAAGGUUGCGAAAUUGUAG